AUGGCGCGCGAUCAGGAUGUCUAUACUGAGGGCGAUAACGAUGAUGACGACGAGGAAGAAGAGGAUGAGGGUGCCGAGGUGUCGACGCCCGAGCCGACGGAUCCCGUGCCAAGAAUUCUUCCCUCCGAAGUCUGGGAUCAUGGCUUCGUUAAUGAAGUGAUAGAGCGCAUCUUCUUGGCGAAGGUGGCCACCGAGAAAGUGCCCGGGAAGAAGGGAAAACCCGACGGAACCUUAAGCUAUCUGGACAUCGGAAAACUGCUGGCGCUGGGUCGGAAGAGCUUGAUGCGCCAGAAGAUGAUCGUCAGAAUCCCGGAAAAAGAGCUGCCGUUGACCGUCGUCGGGGACAUCCACAGCAACAUCAUCCAUUUACGCCGGAUUUUCCACACGAACGGUUGGCCGGGUGAUGGGCACUCGUAUCUGCUACUCGGGGAUUAUAUUGAUCGUGGCACACAGGGAAUCGAGACAGUAUGUCUACUACUCGCUCUGCAAUACCGCUACCCGACCCGUGUACACAUGCUGCGCGGCAACCACGAAGAGGCCAACACCACCCUCAACUACGGCUUCUACGAGGAGUGCAUCACCAAGUUCCCAACCGGAAAUCAGGGAUAUCAGAUUUGGCGCAACUUCAUCCAGACAUUUGAUUGUCUACCGGUGUGCGCGCUGGUUGGGAAUAAGAUCGCCUGCAUGCACGGUGGCCUGAGCCCCCAUAUGAAUCGACUGCAAGACGUUGAAGCGAUACAACGCCCCACCACCAUCCCGGCGUAUGGGUUGCUCUGUGAUAUUACGUGGUCGGAUCCGGAGGAACAACUGCAGGGUUGGAAGAUGUCGAAAAGAUGGGUCGGCUUUGCGUUUGGCGCCGACGUCGUUGAACAAUUUUGCAGACAGGAAGGCCUCGAUUUGAUUAUCCGCGCCCAUCAAAUCGACAAAAAUAUGUACCAAGCGGGCUACAGAUGGAUGAAAAGGGCACCUUUAAUCACCGUCUUCUCCUCGAUGAACUACCAGAACGCGCACAACAACGCGGCCGUCGUCAAAAUCACCUCCAAGAUGCGGAUCUACUUUGUCGUCUACAAAUGCCGGACCUGGCAGAAAACAAAGCAGGACCCUGACAAACAAGGUGGAUGCUGCGAG